GGCAAACAAGCGGUCAGCUGACUUCACGGGACUGCGGCGUCAUCCCGGCUAUAAGCGCGCGACCUUUAUCACACAGCUUCGCUCUUGCCGGGCCGCCGCUACCAUGCAGACCCCCGGCUUCUUGCUGCUCGCUCUCGGCCUCCUGGCCGCGUCUGCCUCCGCGCUUAUCAGAAUCCCCCUGCACAAGUUCACGUCUCUCCGUCGGUCCAUGACGGAGGUAGGCGGCUCUGUGGAAGACCUGAUACUUAAGGGUCCCAUAACCAAGUACUCCAUGGAGUCACCUGCUGAGACCAAGGAACCAGUGUCAGAGAUACUCAAAAACUACCUGGAUGCCCAGUACUAUGGCGAGAUCGGCAUCGGGACCCCCCCCCAGUGUUUCACCGUCGUCUUCGAUACCGGCUCCUCUAACCUGUGGGUCCCCUCCAUUCAUUGCAAGCUGCUGGACAUAGCCUGCUGGAUUCACCACAAGUACAACAGUGGCAAAUCCAGCACCUUUGUGAAGAACGGCACCUCCUUUGACAUCCACUACGGCUCAGGUAGCCUCUCGGGGUACCUGAGUCAGGACACUGUGUCGGUGCCGUGUAAGUCCGAGCAACCAGGAGGUCUCAAGGUGGAGAAACAGAUCUUUGGGGAAGCCACCAAGCAGCCUGGAAUCACAUUCAUCGCAGCCAAGUUUGAUGGCAUCUUGGGCAUGGCAUACCCUCGUAUCUCUGUCAACAAUGUGCUUCCAGUCUUUGACAACCUGAUGCAACAGAAGCUGGUGGACAAGAACAUCUUCUCCUUCUACCUGAACAGGGACCCCAGCGGGCAACCUGGAGGGGAACUGAUGAUUGGCGGCAUUGACUCAAAGUACUACGAGGGGGAGCUGUCCUACCUGAAUGUCACCCGCAGGGCCUACUGGCAGGUGCACAUGGAACAGUUGGAUGUGGCCAGUGGCCUGACGCUGUGCAAGGGAGGCUGUGAGGCUAUUGUGGAUACAGGGACGUCCCUUCUGGUGGGGCCUGUGGACGAGGUGAAGGAACUGCAGAAGGCCAUUGGAGCAGUACCUCUUAUCCAGGGCGAGUACAUGAUUCCUUGUGAGAAGGUAUCCAGCCUGCCCUCUGUCACCCUGAAGCUAGGAGGCAAAAACUAUGAACUGUCCCCAGACAAGUAUAUACUCAAGGUGUCGCAGGGUGGAAAGACGAUCUGCCUGAGUGGCUUCAUGGGCAUGGACAUCCCCCCUCCCAGUGGGCCUCUCUGGAUCCUGGGCGAUGUCUUCAUUGGCACCUACUACACUGUGUUUGACAGAGACAACAAUAGGGUGGGCUUUGCCAAGGCUGCCACACUCUAGCUUGCCCCUUGCCCACCGGCAGGGAAACGGAUCAGAGUCCAGGAGAGGAAGCCAGCCAGCCCCACCUUUCUACCUGCCCCGCUCACACACAUUCACACUCGCCUGGCGUUGCCGGGCUCUUGGGAGGCCUGGCUGGUGCUGGUCCAGCUGUUCUGUUCUGUGGUUCUGUCCCUGGGUUCAGAAUGCUGUCCUCUGCCUGUCUGAAGAAGGCCAAGGCCCACCCAGUAUUCAGGCUGCCUUGAAAGGCCCCUACUGGUUUGGUAGCUUGCCUUGUCCUGCUUUCGUUUUCUGCGGAUGGGCAGCAUUCCAAAGUAGGCAAAUGGGUCUUAGGAUCCCUCCUAGAAACCUUACCUGACCCAGGUCUCUCACCCAGCCUGGGGAUGGCACCAGGCUCUACUGCCCCACUGUCUGUAUCCUGGCCUGAAAGGCCUGAAGACCAGCAGGAAGGAGCAAGAGGACAGAAGCAAAGCUAUGAACCUGGGGUGUUACCUGGGGCCUGACCCCACCCACCCUGGAAAGCAUGCCUUAGCCCGGGGCAGAGGAAGGAUGGCUGACUGGUUUUGGCUGGCCUCUGCUGUGUUCAUUUUUGGGCUAAGCAGCUGGGAGCCAAAGUUGGUAUACAAAUACAGUUGUUUUGGGCCUCUU